GAGGACAUGGUGUGCCUCAGUUGCACGGCCACGGGAGAGAGGGUGUGCCUGGCGGCGGAGGGCUUCGGCAACCGCCACUGCUACCUGGAGAACAUCGCGGACAAGAACAUCCCGCCGGACCUCUCCCAGUGCGUGUUCGUCAUCGAGCAGGCGCUCUCGGUGCGCGCCCUGCAGGAACUGGUGACGGCAGCCGGAUCGGACUCGGUAAGACGACGACGGCGGCGGCGUCCUGGAGUUGCUCACGCUCCGGCCCUGGACACGAGGGCCAGCGCCGGGGAGCUGGACACGAUUGGUUCCGGGCCGGGCUUGCCGCCUGGGCUCUGGGCAGACCCGCUGCGCACCAGUGCCCGACAGGCCUGCCCACCGCCCAGGCGGCCCGCCGGGUGA